UGUCAAAUGUUCGACUCAACGAGCGUGUACUAAAGCCAGAUCAAUAGACCUGGUUCUAAAUAUGUUUGUUAAUUUUGCCGAUAUAAGUCGAGGCUGUGCUAAAACACUACUUCUCGUUCUUAACGGAUGCUGUAUUCUCAUAGCACUAUGCACCUUCAUUUUUGCUGUGGUGGACACAAAAAUACUUAAGCAGUAUGGCGAAGAGAGGGCCAGCGGUACCUUCGCCGGUGACGUCAUCAUUAUCGUGACGUGCAUCCUGCUCAUAUCCGUGGCAGCCUUUGGUUCUGUGGGAGCAGUAAAAAGUGACGUCAGGAUACUUUACUUGUAUAUAGGUUUCCUAAUGAUCAUGGUGAUACUGGAACUGCUGAUCGCUAUCUACGUGUCUCUGCAACGCUAUGGGCUGGAGUUCAAAGUGUCAGAGUGGUUGAGAGAAGAUUUCUUCAGGAACGACACUGAUGACGACGUGCAUGGCGAGCUUUGGGAUAACCUGCAGAUCACUUAUGAAUGCUGUGGCCUCAAUGGACCAGAUGAUUACUUAGCUAUUCAGAAGCAGAUCAGCUUAUCUUGCUGUCCACGAGCCUUCCGUGCAAGGACCGCAUACGCGAGGCAGCAACUUUACCGCACAUGUGUAGAAUCCUCUACGUACUACAAUGAUGGGUGUGAAGAUGAAAUCUUGUACGCGUUGCGGGCAGAUGCAAACUGGCUUGUCACAGUUGCUGUCGCUUCUUUUUGGUUUGAGGCCGCAGGGAUGCUGCUCGCGAUGUGGGUGGCGAACAAUACCAGAAACGAAGUCUCCGUUUACAAGCAAACCAUUCGAUACUAAACACAAUAUAGACAAAAUUAAAAGUAUGUCAUUAUUAUGCACAACAUUAUUAUAAAUAAUUAUAUCUAAAA